CUAAGCCCUCGUUGCUGGGCGACAAGUCCCGCCCCGCAGGCGGCACCGGAAGUGGCAGGCCGGGAUCAGCCUUUAAGAUGGCGUCUCCUCAGGGGGGCCAGAUUGCGAUCGCGAUGAGGCUUCGGAACCAGCUCCAGUCAGUGUACAAGAUGGACCCGCUACGGAACGAGGAAGAGGUCCGAGUAAAGAUCAAAGAUCUGAAUGAGCACAUCGUCUGCUGUCUGUGCGCAGGCUACUUCGUGGAUGCCACCACCAUCACAGAGUGUCUUCAUACUUUCUGCAAGAGUUGUAUUGUGAAGUACCUCCAAACCAGCAAGUACUGCCCCAUGUGCAACAUCAAGAUCCACGAGACACAGCCACUGCUCAACCUCAAACUGGACCGGGUCAUGCAGGACAUUGUGUACAAGCUAGUGCCUGGCUUGCAAGACAGUGAAGAGAAACGAAUUAGAGAAUUCUACCAGUCCCGAGGCUUGGACCGGGUCACCCAGCCCAGUGGGGAAGAGCCAGCCCUGAGCAACCUCGGCCUCCCCUUUAGCAGCUUCGACCACUCUAAAGCCCACUACUAUCGCUAUGAUGAGCAGCUGAGCCUGUGUCUGGAGCGGCUGAGUUCUGGCAAAGACAAGAAUAAAAGUGUCCUGCAGAACAAAUAUGUCCGAUGUUCUGUUAGAGCUGAGGUUCGCCAUCUCCGAAGGGUCCUGUGUCACCGCUUGAUGCUAAAUCCCCAGCAUGUGAGUACUCCCACAGUGCAGCUCCUUUUUGACAAUGAAGUUCUCCCUGAUCACAUGACCAUGAAGCAGAUAUGGCUCUCCCGCUGGUUCGGCAAGCCAUCCCCUUUGCUUUUACAAUACAGUGUGAAAGAGAAGAGGAGAAAUCCUCUGAGAUUCAUCAAGAAGGAGGGCUUUUCUAUGUCCGUGGUCCCCCAGCAAAUUGCCAGAGGAGAGGGCUAGAGGACCCUACACAUGUAAAACUCAGAAGGUUCCCGGUCUCGAACCUUCGUUCACCCUAGCCGCCACCCUAAUCUGCCCCUGCCCUCAGCCCACGUGCCGUGCCGGGACUUGCAUCUCCCGCUCCUCUCCUCCUGUUAGUUCCCAGGCUCCGCGGCCGCUCCUGGAGGCCGCCUGCGCCAAGGAGAAGGGCUGGUCUGUCGAGAACUGAGCGACCCCUUGGUCCGUUCGCUGUAGGCGGGGCAAUCGCAACAGAGAAAGGCCGAGAGAUGGAGACAAAAGGCCUGAGCCGAAGGCUGUAAACGAGUGAGCUAGGGCAAGGGCGGCGCAGAAAGUGCCGGGAGGCGAGGCUCGGGCCUCUCCGGGCGACCUAGCUCCGCUCCAAGCCGCUCUCUUCUCUAGAGGGCGGCAAGGAGCACAAGGUCCUUGGAGCGGUAAGGGCCGCGGGACUCCGGACUCUGCCUUUCCUUGCCCUUUGAAACCCCAUUAUCUCCCUUUUGGGCUCGAGGUGAGGGCGCCCGUGACACUAAAAGGGAGUAAGCCGCGAGGGCCCGACAGGACCCACGUAUCUAAAGAAGGACACGAUCUGGGCCCUGUUACACUCACCCUGGCGGGUUGGCUGCCUCUACUCUGACCAGGGUCGGCCCCCGCCUCUGGUGCCGGCACCAGCCGUCAAGCCCGCUCAAUCAGGGGCUCCGGAAGGCCUCCAGGCCCCGCCCCAGACGGCCUAUCCCUGCACCAGGUCUCCUCUGGCUUGUUCCAUCCUCCUCCCAAGCCUCUGUCCCGGCAAGAUGCCCUCAGCCUGCUGCCCCCUGUACCCCAGUGGCCGGUUCCACUUUGUGCCCCUACCCUCACCUCGGCCUGACCCCCGCGCAGUUCAGUAAGGGACCAUGGUUCUGGCUCCCAUCCGCCUUCUCGCUCCCCUCACCCCAACCCUGGCCUGACCGGACCCCCAGCUUUUCCUCCGGGGCCAAGUCUGAUUCCCGCAGGCUGGAAACUGACCCGCGCCUAUCCCUGCAGGCCGGGCCGCCCCGGGCGCGCUGGGCCCUGGCCCCGCCGGCCGCAGACGGC